GCACGGGAAAUGAGGAUGCUCAAGAUGGACACGUGAGCGAUGCAGAUGGUUCACACUGACUGAUGGGGGACUUGUUGGUGUCGGUGAGAGGCAGUUUAACAGUGAUGCCACAGUCGCCGGGUGUUGGCUCCUCCCCCUCCUCCCCCCGGCCAGUGCUGCCGUCCCCGUGGAUGCACAGCACAGCAUCUCUGCCUCUGCCGGCAUCAGGUCGCCACGGGAUCAUCCCCCGUCCGUCCGCUUCUCUGGGAACUUUACGGACCACUUCCGAGAUCACGAAACGCAGUCUAGUCUCAAACUGGACCUCUCUGACACCUGACAUCAGCAUGCUUUCACCGCAGCCUUUCAGUGUGUCAGGUCUGGAGUUGUCUGGAGCGAAGGUUCCUUCACGUGACCUCAGUCCAGCACCAUGGGGCGGACGCUGAAUCUUUUAUUAUGAACCAUGGGAGAGAACGGCUCAUUUCUGACCCCGGGCUCCAAUGACAGCGCCGGCCUGCGGCCCGAGCCCUCCGCUCCUCAGCGCCUCGGCGCGCUCCCCGGCGCCCACGCCGGCUUCCAGGACCUGGCCCGGACCGUCCUCAUGGUGGCCGUGGACGCGCUGGCCCUGCUGGCCAACACCGCCGUUCUGAUCGCCGUCGUCAAAGCCCCGCACCUCCGCAAGUUCGCCUUCGUGGGGCACCUGUGCGCCGUGGACCUGCUGUGCGCCGUGCUCCUCAUGCCGCUCGGCAUCGUGUCCGGCUCGCCGUACUUCGCCGGCGUGGAGCUCACCGUGGCGCAGUGUCGGCUCUACGUCUUCCUCAACGCCGCCCUCGUGGCCGCCUCCAUCUUCACCAUCACCGCCAUCAGCGUGGAGCGCUACUACUACAUCGUGCACCCCAUGCGCUACGAGGUCCGGAUGACGCUGCGGCUGACGGCGGCCGUGGUGGCGGCGGUGUGGGCGGCGGCCGCCGGCCUGGGGCUGUCCGCGGCGCUCGGGUGGCCGGCCUCGCGCGGCGGCUCCGUCAGCGCCGCGCGCUGCUCGCGCCACUGGAGCCACAGCGAGCACCGGCGCGCGCUCUCCGUGCUCUUCAGCGUCGCGUGCUUCUGCGUGCCCUCCGCCGUGAUCUUCGCCGUCUACUGCAGCGUGUACAAGGUGGCCCGCGUGGCCGCGCGCCACCACGGGCCCCUGCCGUCGUGGACGAGCGCUCGGCGCAAGCCCCGCUCCGACUCCGUCAGCAGCCGCGCCACCAUCAUCACCACCCGCAGCGCCCCGCGCGGGACGGCGCGCGAGCGGCCGUUCGGCGGAGCCAAGGCCGCCCUCACCCUGGUGCUGAUCGUGGGCCAGUUCCUGAUCUGCUGGUUGCCCUACUUUGCCUUUCACCUCCAUUUGACGCUGAACGCGUCGCCCAACGCCGCGCGCGACCUGAGGGAGGCCGUCACGUGGCUCGCGUACUCCUCCUUCGCCGUCAACCCGUUCUUCUACGGGCUCCUGAACCGGCAGAUCCGAGAGGAGCUGUGGAAGCUGAGGCGCUGCUACUCGGCCCGGCCCGUGGAGCUGCCCGUCUCCAGCCACGAGGGCUCGGGCCACGAGAACUUCCUGCAGUUCCUCCACAGGACCAGCUGCACCACAGAGACCAGUCCUGGAACCACCCUGGGUCACGCUGAGCAGACUGGCUUCAGAAUACCAGGACAGAUCCCGGAAGAGCUCAGUUAGAGAUUUAAGACAGUCAUAGGAGCGUGAGGCGAAGCUGUGAAGCAGCAUUUCAUAUAUUUCUAUAUAUAUUUUUUGAGAAAAUCUAUAUCAGCAUAUGAAGCUAACAAACCAUUUUUGUCACGUGACUACUUAUCUCAAAAAUAAAAAAAAAUAACAAGCUAUUUAUUCAAGGCAAAUAAAUAAAAAUGAUUAGAUCUUCAAUCAGUGGAUCUAUGUUAUGAUUAGGUAGUAAACGGAGCUAUUACAUUAUAAGUAAGCAAUAUGUCAUGUCAUACUUGAAGUUAUUAAAUUGACUAUCUGAAUAAAAAUAGAUUUUAUGAUGAA